GACAAAAGGGAGGGUUGGGGGAGGUGUGGAAAACCUGAACCUGAGCCGCUGCCGCCUGAAGAAGAUUUGGUGGGAGGAGAAGUAGAGGGGAAAAGACGGGUGGAGGGUGAAGUGAGGAAGGCACCUGGGGCGCUGCUCGCGGCCGGCACAAAGUUCUUGGCGAUGUGGCUGAAGCCUGAGGAAGUGCUCCUGAAAAAUGCGCUGAAGCUGUGGCUGAUGGAAAGGUCCAAUGAUUACUUCGUGCUGCAACGGCGUCGGGGCUACGGGGAGGAAGGCGGAGGUGGGCUCACAGGGCUUCUCGUUGGGACUCUUGAUUCCGUCUUAGACUCAACUGCUAAAGUAGCUCCAUUUCGCAUUCUACACCAGACACCAGAUUCUCAGGUUUACCUGUCAAUUGCAUGUGGAGCCAACAGAGAAGAAAUAACAAAACAUUGGGAUUGGCUGGAACAAAAUAUCAUGAAGACCUUAUCUGUGUUUGAUUCAAAUGAAGAUAUUACUAAUUUUGUACAAGGAAAGAUAAGAGGAUUAAUUGCUGAAGAGGGAAAACAUUCUUUUGCAAAAGAAGAUGAUCCUGAGAAAUUUCGAGAAGCCCUUUUGAAAUUUGAAAAAUGUUUUGGUUUACCAGAGCAGGAGAAGUUAGUGACUUAUUACUCAUGCAGUUAUUGGAAAGGACGGGUUCCUUGUCAGGGUUGGCUCUAUCUUAGCACCAACUUUCUGAGCUUCUAUUCUUUUUUGUUGGGAUCAGAAAUAAAACUCAUUAUCUCCUGGGAUGCGGUCUCAAAACUUGAAAAGACUUCAAAUGUCAUACUGACAGAGAGUAUUCAUGUGUGUUCCCAAGGGGAGAGUCACUACUUUUCAAUGUUUUUGCAUAUUAAUCAAACAUACCUCCUAAUGGAACAGUUGGCAAACUAUGCUAUAAAGAGACUUUUUGAUAAGGAAACAUUUGAUGAUGACCCAGUCCUUGAUGAUCCUCUACAAAUCACCAAAAGAGGUCUGGAAGAUCGAGCCCACAGUGAACAGUUUAAUGCUUUUUUUAGGCUGCCCAAAGAAGAAACUUUGAAAGAAGUACAUGAAUGUUUCUUAUGGGUACCAUUCAGCCACUUCAAUGCUCAUGGCAAAAUGUGCAUUUCUGAAAACUAUAUCUGCUUUGCCAGCCAGGAUGGCAGUCUAUGUAGUGUAAUCAUUCCAUUUCGAGAGGUCUUAGCUAUAGAUAAGACAAACGAUUCCAGCAAAUCUGUCAUCAUUAGCAUCAAAGGAAAAACCGCUUUUCGCUUUAGUGAAGUUAAAGACUUUGAACAACUGGUGGCAAAACUCAGGCUCAAGUGCGGGGCAGCUUCAACUCAAUAUCAUGAUAUUAGCACAGAGGUCCCUAUUAGUUCUGAUUCUACAGACCCAUCUGAUAAUAUUGAGGUACGAUCUUUGACAUGUCAGAGAGAAUGCAGGAAAACUGUGAACACCGAAGCCUUAAUGACGGUAUUUCACCCUCAGAAUUUGGAGACUCUUAAUUCUAAAAUGUUGAAAGAAAAGAUGAAGGAACAGUCAUGGAACAUCCUAUUUGCAGAAUGUGGGCAUGGUGUUAGCAUGUUUCGGACCAAAAAGACUCAAGAUCUGGUUAUAAGAGGGAUUCCAGAGUCCUUAAGAGGAGAGCUCUGGAUGCUUUUUUCGGGAGCUGUUAAUGACAUGGCUGCUAAUCCCGGCUAUUAUGCUGACGUGGUUGAGCAGUCCUUAGGGGCCUGUAACUUGGCUACUGAAGAAAUUGAACGUGAUUUGCGUCGCUCCCUGCCUGAGCACCCAGCCUUUCAGAGUGACACUGGCAUAUCUGCCCUGAGGCGGGUACUCACUGCUUAUGCAUACAGGAAUCCCAAAAUUGGAUACUGCCAGGCAAUGAACAUUUUGACUUCAGUGUUGCUUCUGUAUGCAAAAGAGGAAGAAGCUUUUUGGCUUUUGGUUGCUGUGUGUGAACGAAUGUUGCCUGAUUAUUUUAAUCGUCGAAUAAUUGGUGCCCUGGUGGAUCAGGCUGUCUUUGAAGAACUUAUCAGGGAUCACCUUCCCCAGCUGACAGAACACAUGACUGAUAUGACAUUCUUUUCCUCAGUUUCUCUCUCAUGGUUCCUCACACUUUUUAUUAGCGUGCUACCUAUUGAAAGUGCAGUGAAUGUGGUGGACUGUUUUUUCCAUGAUGGAAUAAAGGCCAUUUUACAACUGGGAUUGGCAAUACUUGACUAUAAUUUAGACAAAUUGAUGGCAUGUAAAGAUGAUGCUGAAGCUGUGACAGCUUUAAACAGGUUCUUUGACAGUGUCACUAAUAAGGAUAGCCCAUUGCCUUCAAGUGUUCAGCAGGGUUCAAAUGUGAAUGAUGAAAAAAGUCGUAUUAGAGUGGAUAUUACAGAUUUGAUUAGAGAGUCAAAUGAGAAAUAUGGCAAUAUUUGUUGUGAAGAUAUAUACAGCAUGCGCUGUCGAAAUAGGUUGUAUGUGAUACAGACCUUAGAGGAAACAACAAAGCAGAAUGUGUUGCGUGUUGUGUCUCAAGAUGUGAAAUUGAGCCUUCGUGAAUUGGAUGAACUUUAUAUCCUCUUUAAGAAAGAGCUGUUUUUUUCUUAUUAUUGGAGUUUGAGUUACCCAGCUUUAAAGCACCAUGACCCCAGUCUGCCAUAUUUGGAACAGUAUCAGAUUGACUGCCAGCAAUUCAGAGCAUUGUAUCACUUGUUGAGUCCCUGGGCUCAUUCUGCAAACAGAGACUCACUAGCUUUAUGGACAUUCAGAUUGUUGGAUGAAAACUCUGACUGCCUUAUAAACUUCAAAGAAUUCUCCUCUGCAAUUGACAUAAUGUACAAUGGAAGUUUCACUGAGAAGCUUAAGCUGCUUUUUAAGCUGCAUAUUCCUCCAGCUUAUACUGAGGUGAAAUCUAAGGACCCUACAAAAGGAGAUGAACUUUCUGAGGAAGAUUUACUUUAUCUCAGUCAGCUCCAUGUUUCCAAGCCUGAAAAUGAGAAGGAAGCAGAAUCAGUAAAAAACAGCCCUGAAAAAGGCAAAGGAAAAGUUGAUAUUCAAGCAUAUCUAAGUCAAUGGCAAGAUGAGCUUUUCAAAAAAGAAGAAAACAUUAAAGAUUUACCAAGAAUGAAUCAGUCACAAUUUAUUCAGUUUUCAAAGACACUUUAUAACUUAUUUCAUGGGGACCGUGAAGAAGAGUCGUUAUAUCAAGCCAUUGCUGUUGUGACCAGCCUUUUGCUCAGGAUGGAAGAAGUUGGAAGGAAACUACAUGGCUCUACAUCAUCAGCCAAAGGUUUCUCUGGUACAGUUGGUGAUUCUGGAGGAGCCUGUGAGGAGAAACCAGAGAGCAGCUUGGAGAAAGAUCCCACCUUGCCCAGGGAAGAACCUCAGUGGUCAUUUGCAUUUGAACAGAUUCUUGCGUCUUUGUUGAAUGAACCAGCAUUGGUGAGGUUUUUUGAGAAACCCAUAGAUGUAAAAACCAAACUAGAAAAUGCAAAAACCUCUCAGUUAAGCUCUAGAACCAAGAUGUAAAUCUCUUAACAGAAAUUGCCUAUCAGACAAGUUUACUAAGAUUCCUGUAGCUGUCAGCUUAAUUCCUGGGAGUAGAAAUCAGGGAUUUAUCUUGUUACCAAUGUGUUCAAAGGUUUAAAAAAGUUUAUUGGAGGAACAAUGAUUCAUUCCUUUGUAGUAAUCUCUAAUUUUGAUACUCUCCAAUACAAAUGUACUUUUUAUAUUUUACAAGAUAUGCUAUAUCUGGGGAGUAUGCUAAAUGGUGCCACCAGAGGGCGCCACCAUAUUGCUUUAGUAAGAAAUUACUUGUUUGUGUUGCUAUUUACAUAUGAAUUAACUGAUAAUUUUGAAAAUGUGUGUUAUAUUUGAGUAUUAGUGAUGACAAUAUGUCAUAUUGAUAAACGCUACUUUCCAAAUUUCCUCAGUCCUAUUAGAAUGCUUAGAAAACCAGGCUUUUGGAUUUAUAGUCUUAAUUAUCUACAAGAUUACCAUACUGGGGGCUCAUUUUCAAGUUACCUAACUGAAAUAGUAUUAACUUUUUAAAGUUAACCUCAUUCGGUCUUCUAAAAGUAAUUUUUUUAGUAACUUCUGAAUUCUCCCUACCUGAGCAGUUCAGAAACUGCUGACUCACACUUCUAGCUGUUACUGAUAAAAACAAAGCAAGAACUCAAAACUCUGGCAGGGCUAAUAUAAGGGAAAACAAUAUUGGAUUUGGAUUUAAGCUGGAUAAAGCCAGCCUUUUCAGAAGGAUUAAGAAACAGUUCAGUUAACUGUAUAGGUCUCUCAUUAAACUGAGAAAUUACUUGAAAUUCUUUGGAGCACGGUGGUUUGUGGCAUUUAUCUCAGAAUAGCCUGUGACUGCUUUGGUUCCAGCUUUAGAUUUUGGAUUUUCACCAGAUAUAUCUUAAGUUACGUUAGAUAGACUGAAUUAUUGUAUUAGUCUGGCAAGUUCAUAAAGUAUAUUUGUCUAUAAUGAUUGUUAAGGUAAUGUAUAGAAUUGCUGGUAUCUAUCUAAAAAGUUUUGACUAUCUGAUUUAGAUGUAUAAUUUCUAUAUACUUAAUGCUGCUCAUAUGUCAGUCAUUACAAUGCAAGUCCAAGUGGAAAUAAUAGGCUUUGUUAGCACUUUAAAAAAAAGUAAAUCACACCUGUUUAACCUUCUAUGCUGUUUCUGACAAGAGCAAUUUAUUAAUCAAUUGACUUCAGAAUUGUGGGAAGAAAUCCAUUGCAGCUUCUUUCUUCACCAAAGACUUUGGUUUUAAUCCCAUUGACCUUUUGGAUGUGAAACAGCGAAAGGGUAGAUAUUCUUUAGAGUGACCCAAGAAGUCUCCUUUUCUGGAAAGACAUUGGUAUACAAGUAGUCUGCCUUUGGCAAGACUCCACUGUGAACAAGGUCUAACACAGAGGGCUUUGUCACCAUAGAAUAUGUUAUUUUCAGAGAGACUAAAGAAUUUAUAUGUAGAACCUUUGAAAAUUUCAGUAAUUGGGCUUGGCCAACCACUUAGUAGUAGUAUCUUCAAAAUGAUUUGCUCAACCUUGUCUUUUCAAGGAAAAUACCACUUAAAGAGAUAGUUGGUAAAUAAGCAUAUAUUCCUUUUCUUAGAAAUGAUUUGCUGAAACAUGCCCAGAUUGUAGAGUUAAUAAUUUAUAUGUAAACUACCACACAUCUGCUAUUAUGCAAUGAUUGAUAAAUUAGACUGCAGUAGCUCUAGGAAGACACGAGGCUCUGCGCUUAUGUACAAAGGCACUAUUGCACAUACUUUGUUUACUAUUUUGUCAAUUGUAUUUACAUAAAAGAUUCUUAAGCGCAUAUGUUAUUAAUAUUUGGUAUGAUUUUUAAGUCAGAAGAUUAAAGAUUACCUUAGUAUUGUAGUCUAUAUUAAUUAAAAUUGAAUGCUUAAAGAGAUUUUUGAGUUGCAAAAAGAUUAUACAGUCAAGUUAAACAUUUGUUUUGUGAGUCUGCAGGAGAAAUAAGCUAAACACAUAGUUUUAUAGUGGCUACCUUUUUAAGCAAAUGGGUUGUUCUUAAUAUUAAAAAUCUUAUGUAAGGGCCGGCCGAGUGACUCAGUUGGUUAAGAGCUCGCUCAAGAGUGUGAGCUCU